GGCCCCAAGUUAACAGUUUGCCUUGCAGCUAAUUCAGUUCAUUGCCCCUUAAGCCUGGCGCGUAAGGGCUUGUCCCUCCUCCUGCUUUGAUGCAGCCCCAGAUGCAGCCGCCGUCUGUUUUUAGUCUUGGUGCUGCGCUGUCGUUCGGUCCCAGUUGCGCCCCUGGGCGGGGGUACAGGGGGAGCCCAGGUUUCCAGGAUCAGGUCACAGCACGUGGCAUGGGUCAGCGUUUAACCAUGAGGCUGAAAUAUAUUCUCUGUGCCCUUCUCCAGCUUCAGAUUGAGCAGCUCUCCUCCAGCCACCCUCUGGCUAAAUACCACGGCAUCGUGCAAGCCGCGCGCCGGAUCUCCCGGGAGGAAGGGUGGGCAGCCUUCUGGAAGGGGCACGUCCCUGCUCAGCUCCUCUCCAUCAGCUACGGGGCGGUUCAGUUUGUGGCUUUCGAAGGCCUGACGGAGCUGGUGCACACUGCCACGCCGUACAACGCCCGCGACUUCUCCGUGCACUUUGUGUGUGGUGGCCUGUCCGCUUGCACUGCCACCAUGACGGUCCAGCCGCUGGACACGCUACGCACCCGCUUCGCUGCUCAGGGCGAGCCUAAGGUUUACAGGAACCUUCGUCAUGCUGUGGGGACCAUGUACAAGACCGAGGGGCUGCUGACCUUUUACAGAGGAUUGACACCUACUGUCAUAGCCGUGUUCCCAUAUGCUGGUCUCCAGUUCUCCUCCUACAAUAUCCUGCAGCAGAUGUAUGAAUGGGUGAUACCAGCUGAAGAAAAGAAAGCAGGUAACCUUAGAAAUCUUGUGUGUGGCAGCUGUGCUGGAGUCAUGAGCAAAACCCUCACUUACCCUUUUGACCUAUUCAAAAAGCGACUACAGGUGGGAGGGUUUGAGCAGGCACGGGCAGCCUUUGGACAGGUGCGGACUUACAGGGGUUUCAUGGACUGUGCCACGCAGAUUGUGCAAGAGGAGGGACCCAGUGGAUUCUUUAAGGGUUUGUCCCCCAGCUUGCUGAAGGCUGCCUUUUCUACUGGCUUCACUUUCUUCUGGUAUGAGCUCUUCUUGAACCUGUUCUGUGCCCUAAAGGACCCUGGGGCAGGGAGGCUGAAGGGGACAUGACUUACCUGCCGUGGUUGCUUGGUGGAGGAGCAAGAGUAGUGGUGUCACGUGGAAUAUGGAGGGGAAGGGCAGGCCCCCCUGCCAAAGCUCCGAAUGCACAUCUCAUAGCUCUGGAGGAAAAUGGUGCUUGGCUCUAACCAAAGGACUGCAGGUGACCACGACCUGUCAUGGACAAUCAGUCUGGUUGCUUGAAGUUGUUACACUCGACACUUUUUGCGUGCCUCCCAUGGCAUUGGCACUCACCUUGGGAGAAAAAGAAAUGGCAUUACUACCUAUGGCAUUCUCUGAAGAGGGAUUGGAUGAAGUGGGUGAAAUCCCACCAGUGAUUACAGAGACCUGCCUUGCUUAGCUUGUGCUGCUUAACCAAUGUCAACGAGAUCUUCAGCUCCCAGCUUGAGGGUCUGUCACUUGCCUUAUAUUCCUCUCUCUGCUGUACAGGUAGCAGGGCUUGUGUGGAGAUGUGCACUCUCUCUAUGAUCUGCAAUUGUCCUCUGUCCCUUCUCUUUGCCACCCUCUCCUCCUAUCCACUGACACUUGCUGGCUCCACAUCUUCAGCCACUUCACACACCUUGUUUGUGCCAACCUAGGCCAGCUCUUCCUGGAAUUGGUCAGCUUUAUUAUUUUUUCCGAGCCUCCCUUACUCUGCCUGCAUGUUCUCCUAGGCAUCAUUAGGGUUUUCUUUUGCCAUUGUAAUGUUUUGAUAGACAGAUCGGCAGCUCUAACUCUUGCUGCUCUCGGGAGGGAAUCUCCACCCACAUUCCCAUUUUAGCUUCUCAUGAGGCUGUGCUUUGGUAUUGGACUGCAGCGAUGAAACAGUCCUGCAGAGAUUUUUCAGACCCAGAGUUUCACUUACUUUAAAAUGAAGGAAAGUCCUGUAGAUAUUAUUAUAUAUUAUAUAUAGACAUACACGCUCACAUAUAGAGAGAGAUACACGUGCACACAUACACGCACACGUACAAAUAUGAUUUAUUGCUUGCUCUGUAUUUUUAGCCAAUGUCUUUGUGGAGCCAACGAACACGUUUUUGGCCCACUUGCAAGCACAGCUUUAGCCUAAGUUACUUUGCAGUGCUGCUUAGAUAAGGCAACUAUUCUGGCAAGAUGAGGCUCAUUUGAGGCUGAAUGAACAGGCUUGUCAGUGUCAGAUCAAGUGAAAUCAGUGUGUGGUAAAUAGAAAAGGGCUGAAGCAGGUAGGAAGGAAGUGCUCUUCUGAAGCUUCAGCUAGUUUUAUGGGUAAAACUGAUUUAUGUAGUAGUGAAACGACUGUGUCUUUGCCUCAUCCUGUUGUCUGCUCAGGCUAAGCAGGGUGGGGCCAGGCUAGCAUUUGGAUAGCAGAUCUAUGGGGAGAGCCCACAGUGCUACAAAAAAAAUGAGUGAAUCAUUCAGUGAGUGACUCAGAGGGUGUGGCCCCAAGGCCUCUGUGGGAUUAGACAGCGCUUUAUUACUCUCCAGUAAGAGCCAGUACAAAAGCCUUAAAUACUUCUGGUUCUAUGCAUCUUGGGUCACUUUUUGUCAUAGUGGGGGUGUUAGUCCCAGGGACUUGGCCAGAUUGCAGCGUGAGCAAGUCCAUCCCACUGAUCCCCACUCCCUUGGCAAUUCCAGUUGUGCAUCAGUCUAACUUUUGUCCUGAGCUGUUGUUGUGGGGGUACUUUUCAACAACAGCUGUACCUGUCCUUGUCUCCCUCCACCACCACCACUAGGUGGCAUUACGUCGGGGACAAGUGACGCACUGCUUUCGUUCUCGUGCUACCCGGAAGUGGUACAAUGCUUUGUAUGUCAAGGGCUCUUGCAUCAUCUGCCCAAGUGUUAGAGGAGUGCAAAGCAGCUAAUUCCUGCAGCAGGCAGAAGCAGUAUCUGCAGGGCCUGAUGGAAAAUCAUAGAGGAAGCUGAGGUAUGAGCCUGCAGUGGGAAGUGGUGCGUAUGUAGAGAUGGAAGUGAUGGCACCACUUAGGGGGGGCCUUCCCUGAGCCUGGAGAAAGUCCUCGAAUGGCAUUUUCAACAGUGCCUACACCCCACUGAUGUUUUCCAGCCAUGCCCAAUGUCCCUAGCCUUGGUAUAAAUUGCAAUCUGUCCUUCUCUAGCAUCUUUAGCCUGUAACCUCUGGAACGUGUGGCACCUGCUAAUGAUCCUGACCAUACAGUAUCCCUGGAGAUGUAGAGAGGCAUUAUCCUCCCUUCCGGAGCAUGGGAAAUUGCAACUGGCCCUUGACUGUCUAUGGUUGGGAAACAGUGGGUGAAGUGAAGGGAGGAGACAGACCACAGCAGCGCAUCUUCCCAUUAUCUCUGAGUUACCAGGCCUGUCGGGAAUAUAAACACUCCAUGCACCCCUUUCAGAAAGCUUUUCUUUUCUUUCCCACCAUCCUCCCAUAAACUCCUGUAAAGCUCUUCUGUAGCCAUGCAGAUGCACAGUAGAUCUGACUGGGAGUGACAGGUAUGGAGUUGAAGAGUCAAGGGUCUUUUCUGCCUUUGGUCAUUGGAGUCGUGGAAUUGCAGAGCACCUGCCCCGCCUUGGGGGAACGCUGUUCUUCGAGUGUGUGGCUGGGGCUGGAGACAGCCCUGGCAACAGUCAGAGAGGCUGAGGCUGGUUUGUUGUGCGAACACCACCGCUGCUACACACAGGGCAUUGGAGCAGGAAACGGGAAGUUUGGAGCAGAUCUUCCUCUUGAGAAAUGGCCUCGGAUUCUCUGUGCUGUGCAUUAAGUGACCCAUCUUGAGUUGUCACAGUGCCUUGCCCAGAAGAAAGGGCAAAGAAGUCGGAGUCCUUUGAGGCACUUUGUGGUGCAUUUUUGAUCCAGAGUGUGUGCUGACGCAGCUCUGGGCUGUGGGUAUGGGGCUCUGAAUGGGCAGAGAGCCUUUAUACUGAUCCUGGCCUCUGAUGGAGGAGGCAGGGGAUGAGCAGCUUCAACCUUAGGGUGAAAGAGCCAUGGCACAGAGUCACUUUACUACCUGUCUGCUUGCCCACAUCAUCUGGCUUUAGAGCCUGUCUUCAAAGUGCCCAUUGCUAGUCUUUAAAUACGAGUCACAAAAGCAGCACCUCUCAUUAGGUAAAAGAGACGUUUGACUCCAUAUGAACAAUUAGCAGCGUAGGUUUUACAUUUUGGUGCUGACGGGCUUUGCCGGACCAGUAUCCCUGAAGCUAGAAUCAGAAGAAUGGGAGAUGAAGAUCUGUGAGGUCACCCUCUUCCUCCCACCUGCCAUCACAAAACUGUUCUUAGAGAGUAUGUACCCACGUUGAGGCCAGUUUCAAGUAGGGUUCAAGCCACCUCCCUGGUGAGUCUAAUUGGUAGCAGCAAUUGGGAUUGUAUUCCAAUAUAAUCCUACAGGCGGGGAUUGGCUUCGUCUGCAAUUCAGCCCACCACCUGCUCAGUGAUUGCCUGGGUCUUUUCUAGUGCCUUUUGCCAACGAAUUCAAAAGCACUUUACUAGGUAGAGCAUUACAUGCUGAUUGAACAUCUGCAGCAUUACAUGCUGAUUGUUGGGAUAUCUACAGCUGCACCUAAACAGUCUUGAAUGGUGGAACUCUACGCACAGACCUUCACUGGACACGGUGCCCAACUGAUCUGAUAAAUCCAGUGGUUUCCCAGUGUUGGCAUGUGAUUUUUUUUUCCCCAUGUAGCAUUGACUAGUUAUCGAGACUACAUGUACUGUAGCACAUGCUUCUCAGGAUGAUGGAAAGCACUGAAUGGGUUGCGUUAGUGAAAGAAAUACCUGCUCCAAAGUGGGUUCUUUUCCCUUUUGGUUUGAAGGCCUUCCCCUUCUGCAGCUUGUUUCUCCAUUGUCUGAACAGACUUUUCCAGCUGCAGUAGUCUUUAGGUUUCUGACCUGCAGCAGGUUUUCUCAAUGCACUUAAAGCAUGUGCCAUUUCUAAAACAUUAAAUAUUUUUAUUA